AUGAGAAUAGAGAAAUAUAACAAUAAGAAGAGUAGUGAGGACAAGAAGGCCCUGUCAACUGCAAAUGACAGCUCUGAGAUGUUUCAAAUGGCAAAUCUAGUGCAGGUCAUUGAGGUGCCUGUGGGUAUUAUGAAUGAUCUGGAGCUUGGACCACUGGCAUACUUGACAGUCCUGAAGCUCAGAGUGAUUUCAACAGAUUAUGAUCUGAACACUGCAUCACUGGGUUUUUUCAACCACAAUGAUGUGGAGCAGCUGAUUAACCUGAAGGAUUCAGAUACUGAUACCUUCAUUUUGUCCCCAUCAACUGGCUUCCCUGUCAUUAUGUUGAAGCAGCUACUGAUUGACAAGUGGCACCAGCAAUUGAGUCAUAUUGAUGAGGAGAAUCUAAUUAAAAUGUUGCAGGAGCUCUGUUUUGAAAUUGCCAUCAUCAGCUCAAAGAAGCUCUCAUUCUGCACCAUGUGCAUUAAAGCCAAGUAUAAAUGUGCAAGUUAUAAAAAUGCUCCCCUACACUGUGCCACCUGCAAAGGUCUUAAGAUCUGA